AUGCCGAAUUAUCGAAAAAAAAAUGGCCAAUUCAUUUUUUGCCUAAUUUUCAUGUGUUCUUCACCUUUAAAAAAAAUUUUCUACAGUAAAACAUGUUUUACUCAUUUUUUGAGUUUUUUGUUCCAAUUUUUUCUAAACUCCAUAAUUGACCAAUUGGCGAAAGUUUUGAAAUUCGGCAACUGUCGAAAAUUUUCAAUUUUUAUAAAAUCAAUUUGCCAAUUUUCCAUUUCCAUAUAUACAUCUUCCGUGUGGGCGAAAACGAACGUACUGUCAAAGAAUCGAGUGAAAAGGAAUGUACUUGAUAGGUGUCUCUGUGUGUGCUUGGAAAGGAAGAAGAAGAAGAAGAAAGGAAUAUACUGUCAUCACAAAACGACAGUAGGAGAAGGAGAAGACGACGAGGACGAGGACGAAAAAACUCAAAGAGAGUGGGAGAGAAGGACACGGAAUUCAGUUUGCGAACCGAACGACUGGUGA